CUCCCUAGCAGUGAGGUGACACGGGGCUUCGCCUUGGGGAAAAAGGGGGCGACCGAUGCAAGUUUAGGCGGCUGCGAGGGCUCGGCGGUGGGCACCCCGCAGGGAGCGCGGUUUGUUUAAAUCCCACCUCCACCGAGUUAACAACUGGAGACUCGCAUCCUGGCCAGAAGACAGUCAGCUUUUUCCUCUUUUUUCCCCCCCAACUGCUUUGAGCUUUGCUGUGGUGGAGGAAAACUUCAAAAAUAAAAUGAACAUGCUGUGGUAUUGAGCAUUUUUUUUUAACGGAAAAAUAAAAGUGCCCAAGUGAAAAUCAGAAUGGCAUCUAGAGAGAGGCUGUUUGAACUUUGGAUGCUUUAUUGCACAAAGAAAGAUCCAGAUUAUCUGAAGCUGUGGUUGGACAAUUUUGUUUCCAGCUAUGAACAGUUCUUGGAUGUUGACUUUGAAAAGCUGCCUACCAGGGUGGAUGAUAUGCCUCCAGGAAUAUCUCUGCUUCCUGAUAAUAUUCUGCAGGUUCUGAGGCUCCAGCUGCUGCAGUGUGUUCAGAAGAUGGCAGAUGGGUUAGAGGAACAACAACAAGCCUUGUCCAUUUUACUUGUCAAGUUCUUCAUUAUUCUUUGCAGAAAUCUGUCAAAUGUGGAAGAAAUUGGGACUUGCUCAUAUAUUAAUCAUGUCAUCACCAUGACAACCCUUUAUAUUCAACAAUUAAAAAGCAAAAAAAAGGAGAAGGAAAUGGCAGAUCAGACUUCUGUUGAAGAAUUUGUGAUCCAUGCAUUGGCUUUUUGUGAAAGUUUGUAUGAUCCAUAUAGGAAUUGGCGACAUAGAAUCUCGGGUCGAAUCCUCAGUACGGUGGAAAAGAGCAGACAGAAAUAUAAACCAGCUUCUCUUACAGUAGAGUUUGUCCCUUUCUUUUAUCAGUGUUUUCAGGAAAGUGAACAUCUCAAGGAAAGUCUGAAGUGCUGCUUAUUACAUCUGUUUGGAGCCAUUGUAGCUGGUGGGCAGAAGAAUGCUUUGCAAGCAAUUUCUCCAGCCACCAUGGAAGUUCUUAUGCGGGUUUUGGCGGAUUGUGAUUCUUGGGAGGAUGGAGAGCCUGAAGAAGUGGGUAGGAAGAUAGAACUGACCCUGAAGUGCCUUACAGAAGUGGUGCAUAUCCUUCUCACAAGCAGCUCUGACCAGCGUCAAGUGGAAACUAGCACUAUUUUGGAGAAUUAUUUUAAAUUGUUAAAUUCAGAUCAUUCAGCAUUACCUAACCAAAGGAGAUCCAGACAAUGGGAAAGACGGUUCAUAGCAGUACAGAUCAAAAUGCUGAAUACCAUUACUGCCAUGUUAGAUUGUACAGAUAGACCUGUUCUUCAGGCCAUUUUUCUUAACAGUAACUGCUUUGAACAUCUCAUACGAUUGCUUCAGAACUGCAAGCUAUUUUUAAAUGCUAGCAAUAAGGUGACAGACAAGAACGAGAAAGACCUUGCCAACAAAUUACUUACAGAAAUGAAUGAGGACCAGGCAUUUCAGGGACAGUUGGAUUGUUUGGCUGUAUCAACCAUUCAGGCAUUGACAGCAGUAAUGAACAAGUCGCCAGCUGCUAAGGAAGUAUUUAAAGAAAGAAUUGGUUAUACACAUAUGUUUGAAGUGUUAAAAUCUAUGGGUCAGCCAGCAUUAGAACUACUUAAAGAACUUAUGAAUAUGGCUGUAGAGGGUGACCAUACUUCAGUUGGUCUUUUGGGUAUAAGUAAUGUUCAGCCUCUCUUGAUUCUUAUCCAGUGGCUUCCAGAACUAGAAUCCCAUGACUUACAAAUCUUCAUCUCUGAUUGGCUUAAAAGAAUUUGUUGUAUCAAUAGACAGAGUCGAACUACUUGUGUCAAUGCAAACAUGGGAAUUAGAAUCAUUGAAACUCUUGAUUCACAUUCUUCCCUCCAUCAAACUUGUGCCGAGAACUUGAUUGCAAUCCUUGGUUCCCUGGGGAGUCAGUCCGUGAGUGCAGAAGAAAUCCGUCGCCUGCUGCGCUUGCUGAGAGUGGAUGAAGCUGAGCACAUUCACCCUUACACUGUUCCUGUCACUCGGGCAAUUCUGACAAUGGCCCGGAAACUGAGCCUGGAGAGCGCACUGCAGUAUUUUAAUCUGUCUCACAGUAUGGCAGGAAUUUCUGUGCCUUCCAUACAGAAGUGGCCUGGGUCUGCAUUUUCUUUCACCGCAUGGUUUUGCUUAGAUCAGGACCAGUUGACUGUUGGCACUGCUAACAAAGGAGGAAAGAGAAAACAAUUAUACAGCUUUUUUACAGGAAGUGGAAUGGGUUUUGAAGCUUUUAUCACUUAUUCAGGUAUGUUGGUUGUGGCAGUGUGCACGAAAAGAGAAUAUGCCACGGUGAUGCUUCCAGAGCACAGCUUCUGCGAUUCCCUCUGGCACAACAUAACUGUUGUUCACAUGCCUGGAAAAAGACCCUUUGGUCAGAGUCUCGUCUAUAUCUAUGACAAUGGACAACAGAAGGUUUCUGCUCCUCUGAAAUUUCCUGCCAUGAAUGAACCUUUUACUUCCUGCUGCAUUGGUUCAGCUGGGCAAAGGACUACCACUCCUCCACCAUCCCAAAUCCCAGAUCCUCCCUUUUCUUCUCCCAUGACCCCUCAUCGAUCAUCGUUUGGUGGGAUUCUGUCAUCAGCCUCCUGGGGAGGAUCACCUGAAAAAUCAAAAUUAACUACCAAAUUGAUAUCAGCUGGAACCCAAGACAGUGAAUGGGGAUGUCCCACAUCUCUGGAGGGUCAGUUAGGGUCUGUUAUUGUCUUCUGUGAAGCACUACAGCCUCCUCAAGUGAAGUCAUUAUAUUUAGCAGGUCCAAAUUGUUUAAAUCUUUGGAAAUGUCAAGAGUCUGACAUAGCCGACCUGCCCGGUAACGUCCUUCUGCACUACACAGCAAAGGCCUGCAAAAAUUCCAUCUGUCUUGAUUUAUCUACUAACUGCCUGCAUGGAAGAUUAACAGGAAACAAAGUAGUGAAUUGGGACAUUAAGGAUAUCAUAAACUGCAUAGGUGGACUAAAUGUGCUCUUUCCUUUGUUGGAGCAAAUCAGCCACUUUAAUGAGGGACAGAUUCCUGGAAGAUUGAAUGAACCUGAAUUAGUAACACCUGUAGAAGAAGAUCGAAUGGUAUUGACCUCCACAAAGGCAUCAGAGUCGAGACUAGAGAGAAACCUGGUUGCGACAUUUAUUUUGAUUAUGAAACAUUUCAUUCAGAGGCAUCCUAUCAACCAGGAAAAUCUUAUUCACUCCCAUGGAGUUGCAACUCUUGGUACCUUACUUCAGAAGGUGCCAAGCACCUUAAUGGAUGUUAAUGUAUUGAUGGCAGUUCAAUUGCUCAUUGAACAAGUGUCAUUAGAAAAAAAUCUGCAGCUUCUGCAACAAAUGUAUCAGUAUUUGCUCUUUGAUUUUCGUAUUUGGAACCGUGGAGAUUUUCCUUUUCGAAUUGGUCAUAUACAGUAUCUUUCAACCAUCAUUAAGGACAGCCGGAGAGUUUUCCGAAAGAAGUACGGUGUGCAGUUUCUCCUGGAUACACUUCGGGUGUACUAUGGAAGUGGUUGUAAAUAUAAUGAACUAACUCUUGAUGACAUUCGAACAAUAAGAACUUCUUUGUAUGGACUAAUUAAGUAUUUUCUGUGCAAAGGUGGAACUCAUGAGGAAAUACAAAGUAUUAUAGGUUACAUAGCUGCUACCAAUGAAGAAGAGCAGCUGUUUGGAAUUUUGGAGGUACUCUUCAGUCUCUUGCGUAGCAGCCCAACUAGAGGUCAGCUUUUCUUACUGCUGUUUGAACCAGGAAAUGCUGACAUACUUUAUGCCUUGCUGUUGAAUCAGAAGUACUCUGACAGACUGCGGGAAAUCGUUUUCAAGGUCUUGGAACAAAUGUUGAAGUGUACAAAUGUUUACGAACGUAGCAAGCAGCGUAUUCGACUCAGAGAGGUUGGCUAUUCUGGAUUGGGACUCCUCCUUAAUGAAGCACCUGUCAGUACUUCUCUUAUUAGAAACCUCACCCAUCAGAUCCUAAAUACAGAUUCAGUUAUUAAUUUCAAAGACCUGUUGUCUGUGGUAUAUAUGUCUCACAGAACAUACUUAAAUGUCAGAGUGGUCAUCUGCAGAAAGGUCUUACAGAUUUUGAAGUCCCAGUCAGAUGCGGCCCAUCAAAUAUCACAGCAAGUGGGAUGGCAAGACACAUUUGUUAGACUGUUUUUAAAAACAAACUUUGAAAAUGGAAAUACUUUUCAUAAGUACAGUAAGGCAGUUCCAAUGAAAGACAAUGAUCAAAAUAUAUCAGCAGAAGAUGUUAAGAGGAACUUCGAUGAAAAGACAGAUGAGGAAAAAACCAACUCUUUUGCCUCAGGGAAUGUAUCUUCAGAUCAGUGGAGUUUGGGAGACAGACAGUCCCUUGACUCGAAUGCACCAUUAUUUCAGGAAGAUAGUUCUGUGGGAGAAUUGUCUUUUAAAUCAGAGAAUCAAGAAGAAUUUUGUCCCAGUAUCCCUUCACAUUUGAGUUUAGAUCUCAGUGGAAUUGACUCAUGUGAAUUGAGUGAUAGUAGCAGUCAGAUGCCAGACAGCCUGCCUAGCACACCAUCCCCAAUGGAGUCUGUGAAGUCCUUUUCUGUACAGUCUGACAGAGAAAGCAGCGUCACAAAUGAUACGGGCUUUAGCGAUGACUACUCUUUACUUGAAAGCCAAGAGAGGUGUGAGGAGGAGCUUUUUCAACUACUGACAAGUAUUUUGACUUAUGUAAUGUGUAAAGGACUAGAAAAGUCAGAUGAUGAUGCUUGGACUGAACGAGGACAAGUGUUUUCGGCACUAACCAAACCAGGAAUAUCCAGCGAGCUACUUCGACCACCAGAUGAAAUAAAACUUACUUUGCUACAGAAGAUGUUAGAAUGGGCAGUCACAGAAAACAAAGACGCAAAAACAAAUCCAGUAACUGCUGAAAAUGCCUUCCGACUCAUGCUGAUCGUACAGGACUUCCUGCAGUCAGAAGGACUAGUUAAUUCAAACAUGUGGACUGAAAAGCUAUUAGAAGAUAUCAUGCUGCUCUUUGAUUGCCUGUCUGUCUGGUUUGCUGAAAAUCCAGUAUGGAUAAAACUCUCUCAAAUUCAGAUCCAAUUGCUUCUAGGAUUCAUUGGGAGUGGCAAUCUGCAGGUUUGUGCGGUGGCUUCAGCAAAGCUAAAUACCCUUCUUCAAACCAAAGUGAUCGAAAAUCAGGAUGAAGCAUGCUAUAUUUUAGGAAAGCUGGAACAUGUUCUAAGACAGUCAAUCAAGGAACAGACUGAAAUCUACUCAUUUCUGGUACCCCUUGUCCGGACACUGGUUUCCAAAAUUUAUGAACUUCUUUUCAUGAACUUGCACCUACCUUCUUUACCUUUCACAAAUGGUAGCUCCUCAUUUUUUGAAGAUUUUCAAGCAUAUUGCAGUUCAAAUGAAUGGCAAGUUUACAUAGAAAAAUAUAUUGUGCCUUAUAUGAAGCAGUAUGAAGCACAUACAUUUUAUGAUGAUCGUGGAAAUAUGGCACUUUACUGGAAGGGUUGUUAUGAAGCAUUAAUGGUGAAUAUGCAUAAACGAGACCGGGAAGGAGGAGAAAGCAAGCUCAAAUUUCAGGAGUUUUUUGUGGAGCCGUUCAAUCGAAAAGCUCGCCAUGAGAACUUGAGAUAUAACAAUAUGCUGAAACAACUUAGCAGUCAACAGUUGGCAACUCUCCGACGGUGGAAGGCAGCACAGCUCUACCUUACAUGUGAAAGGGGACCGUGGGCUGAAAGGAAACAGAAUCCAGUUCACUGGAAACUAGCCAACGUAGAAAAUUAUUCCCGCAUGAAACUGAAGCUGGUUCCAAACUACAACUUCAAAACCCAUGAAGAAGCUAGUGCUUUGAGAGAUAAUUUAGGUGUCCAGCAUUCACAGCCUUCCAGUGAUUCAUUGCUUUUGGAAGUAGUAAAACAAGUAAAAGUUAAUGAUAUGGAGGAAGAUAAAUUGGAACUUCUUGAAGAAGACUUAACAGCCAGAGUAAAUAUUGACGAGAAAGAGGAACAGGAUCAAAAAGAAAAACUGGUGUUGACGGAGGACUGUGAACUCAUCACAAUAAUUGAUGUAAUUCCUGGCAGGUUGGAAAUCACUACGCAGCACAUUUACUUCCAUGAUGGCAGUCUUGAAAAAGAGGAUGGGGUAGGCUUUGAUUUCAAGUUGCCUCAUUGUCAAGUUCGAGAGAUUCAUUUACGGCGUUACAACUUAAGGAGAUCAGCCCUUGAGAUUUUUCAUGUUGACCAGUCCAAUUACUUUCUCAAUUUCAGGAAAGAAGUUAGAAACAAAAUAUAUAGCAGACUGUUGUCCCUUCAUUCUCCAAAUAGUUAUGGAAGCAGAUCACCACAAGAGUUAUUUAAAGCAUCAGGAUUAACACAGAAAUGGGUGAACAGAGAGAUAUCAAAUUUUGACUACCUCAUUCAGAUAAAUACAAUGGCAGGACGGACGUACAAUGACCUUGCACAGUAUCCUGUGUUUCCCUGGAUUUUACAAGACUAUACUUCAGAAGAAUUGGACCUUAAUAACCCUGCUGUAUUCCGAGAUCUUUCCAAACCAAUUGGAGUAGUUAAUGAUAAAAAUGCCAAAACUAUGAGAGAAAAAUAUGAAAAUUUUGAGGAUCCUAUGGGAACUAUUGAUAAGUUUCACUAUGGUACUCACUAUUCAAAUUCUGCGGGGGUCAUGCACUAUCUCAUUCGUGUAGAACCAUUCACCAGCCUUCAUAUCCAGCUUCAGAGUGGAAGAUUUGACUGCGCAGAUCGACAGUUCCAUUCUCUCCCUGCUACCUGGCAAACUCUCAUGGAUAACCCAAAUGAUGUGAAAGAACUUAUUCCUGAAUUCUUCUAUUUCCCAGAGUUUUUGGAGAAUCAAAAUCAGUUUAACUUGGGUCGCUUACAAGUUUCCAAAGAACUGGUAAAUGAUGUCAUUCUCCCCAAAUGGGCAAAGUCUCCUGAAGAUUUCAUCUAUAAACAUAGAAAAGCUCUGGAGUCUGAAUAUGUUUCUGCUCAUCUUCAUGAAUGGAUUGAUCUGAUUUUUGGCUAUAAACAAAGAGGUCCAGCUGCAGUGGAGGCUCUCAAUGUUUUUUAUUACUGUAGUUAUGAAGGAGCUGUGGAUCUGGAUGCCUUGACAGAUGAGAAGGAAAGAAAAGCUUUGGAAGGAAUGAUUAAUAAUUUUGGACAAACACCUUGUCAGUUGUUAAAGGAACCACACCCUCCUAGACUGUCAGCAGAGGAGGCAAUACAGAAGCAGACCAAAUCUGACACUUCAACCUUAAACCUAUUUCAGCACCUUCCUGAACUCAAGUCGUUUUUUAUAGAGGGUAUUAGUGAUGGUAUUCCACUCUUGAAGGCUGUUGUCCCCAAAAAUCAGUCACGUUCCUUUAUGUCCCAAGGCAGUCCUGAGUUACUGGUAACAGUGAGCAUGAAUUACAUUAUUGGGACACAUGGAUGGCUACCUUAUGAUAGAAACAUUUCUAAUUACUUCACAUUCAUCAAGGAUCACACUGUGACAAAUCCAAAAACUCAGCGUAGUGUCAAUGGUCCUUUUGCUCCAGGGCUGGAAGUCACUUCCAAAUUGUUUGUAGUAUCACAUGACGCGAAGUUGCUCUUCAGUGCUGGACACUGGGAUAAUAGCAUCCAAGUGAUGUCCCUUACAAAAGGCAAAAUUAUUUCACACAGUAUCAGACAUAUGGACAUUGUGACUUGCUUAGCUACGGAUUACUGUGGAAUACAUUUGAUUUCUGGUUCCAGAGAUACUACAUGUAUGAUUUGGCAAAUAACACAACAGGGAGGUGUUCCUGUUGGCUUAGCUUCUAAACCAUCUCAGAUUCUUUACGGACACACCGAUGAAGUAUUAAGUGUUGGCAUCAGCACUGAACUAGACAUGGCAGUGUCAGGAUCAAGGGAUGGCACUGUGAUUGUUCAUACUAUCCAGAAAGGCCAAUACCUGAGGACUUUACGGCCACCUUGUGAGAGUUCUCUGCUCCUGACCAUUCCCAGCUUGGCUGUGUCUUGGGAAGGACAAAUUGUUGUCUACUCCAGCAUUGAAGAAAAGACCACCAUCAAGGACAAGAAUGCAUUGCAUCUGUUUUCUGUAAAUGGCAAGUACCUGGGAUCUCAAAUCCUGAAGGAACAAGUAUCAGAUAUGUGUAUAAUUGGAGAACACAUUGUCACAGGCAGCCUACAGGGGUUCUUGUCGAUAAGAGAUCUCCACAGUUUGAAUCUCAGCAUCAACCCAUUAUUCAUGAGGUUGCCUAUCCAUUGCGUUUGUGUGACCAAAGAACACAGCCAUAUCCUUGUAGGCUUAGAAGAUGGCAAAUUGAUUGUAGUAGGUGUUGGAAAGCCAGCUGAGAUGCGUUCAGGUCAACUUUCUCGAAAGCUGUGGGGAUCCAGCAAGCGGCUCACCCAGAUUUCAGCUGGAGAAACUGAAUAUAAAACUCAAGAUUCCCAGUGAUUGUUGCUUCCAGCUUCUGUCAUGGUUAACGUGAUUUAUUCCUUUGUCGCUUUAACACAUAUUUCAACUCUGAAAUGUUUUAGUGCUUUUAUUCCUGAAAACCAUCUAGGGAUUAUAAUUUGGUACGAUACUUAAAAACACAUAGCUAUAUUAUUAUCAGCUUUUAAAAUUUCUGAUUAACAUUCAUGAAUCCAGUCUUAUCAGCCCAUUACUGAUCUAUACCAAGAUAGAUUUAAGAAAAUCAUUUGAUUCAAUUUAGUAGCCCAUUUCUAAAGAUUAUUUAUUUUUUUCAUUAGAUCCAGUUUCAGUUUAUGUAUUCUAAAUAGGAACAUUUUAAUAUAAUUCUUGUAAUAAGAAAGUGAAAAAAAUGAGGUAGUUCAGAGACAGGAUUUGUAGUGCCUUAGUGAAUCAUUUUCUUGUUCACUGAUCACCAUUACAAAUAUGCAUUCUUGUAUUGAAUUUCUAGUUGGAUAUAUAUUCAAAGGAACCUGUGGCAUACUCAAGUUUUCAAAACUCAGCAAAAGUUCCAAGUUGAUGUGUUAAGAUUAAAACAAGAGCACUGAAACUGAUGGAUUGGCUCAUUAUGUUACUACAUGGUGUCUUCCUAUGCGUACUGGGAUGUAUUAUCUAUUACAAUAAAAGAUGAAUAGGGAACAGAGAAACUAGAGAUACAUUUUUACAUAAGUAUUUCAUUAAUGGCAUAACUGUAAAAUGCUGAUUUCUGUUUUGACCAUGAGGUCCUUUAAGUAGAAUUUGCAGCACAGUUUACAUCUGUAAUGGUUAGAAUCUCAUUUUGUUUUGUUUUGUUUUCAUUAGUGAAAUCAACUAUUUUGUUUUCUGAAUUAGA